UUCCACUUUCUUAAAGCUGCAGUCGGCUGCGCUUUGUAAAACAGAGACAAGGAAGCACACUCAGAACCUGCAGCGGCUCCGAAUUCCAGCCCCUGGACUUCACGUCAGAGUGACCAACUGGCCAUGCGGGUCACCCUGGCUCUGACAGCCUGGGUGGCUUCUGUAGUCUCCAGUUAUUCCUAUUCAACAAAUAGUUUGCCAGAUAUCGACAAUGAAGCAUUUAUCAAAGACUGUGUUCAUAUGCAUAACAAGUUUCGAUCAGAGGUGAAGCCAAGAGCCAGUGAUAUGCUAUACAUGACUUGGGACCCAGAACUAGCCCGGAUUGCAAAAGCAUGGGCAAGAAACUGUAAGUUUGCCCAUAAUGCACGGCUGGGGCCACCCCACAAGCUGCACUCAAAUUUCACUUCUCUGGGAGAAAACAUCUGGACUGGGACUCUCAGCAUAUUUUCUGUGUCUUCAGCUGUCACAAGCUGGUACAAUGAAGUUCAAUACUAUGACUUCACGACUCGGAAAUGCAGGAAGGUCUGUGGCCAUUACACACAGGUUGUUUGGGCAGAUAGUUACAAAGUUGGCUGCGCAGUACAAUAUUGUCCUAAAGUUUCUGGCUUUGAAGGUUUUUCCAGUGUAGCACAUUUUAUAUGCAACUACGGACCAGGAGGCAAUUACCCCACGUGGCCAUAUAAAAAAGGAUCCACUUGCAGCGCCUGCCCCCAGAAUGACCAGUGUGUGGACAACAUGUGCAUUAACCCACAGCGAGACAAAGUCACACGUUACUACUCUACUGUGUAUCCAGACUGGCCCAUAUACUCGCGUAAUAGAUACUUAUCUCUCUUUCUUAUUGUCAGUCCACCAAUACUAAUACUGAGUGCUAUUAUUACCAUUUUGGUCAAGCACAAAUAGCCUCAUUUAGUUUUUUGGGACUAAUACAACUACAAAGUUAAGUUUACAAACUCAUUACAUAUAUCUUUUAAAAAUUACAUUUGGGUGUAUUUCUAAUUUUAAAACAUUCCAGGAAAAACACCCACAUUGCUGCAGUAAAGCCAUAACCCAAAGCAGCAGCUGUGCCACAUCCUAACUCUGCAGGAUAAACUCAUGUCUGCUCCCCACUCUUCCACGGACAAGCACUGUUUUCAGGCUGCCACAGCUGUGCCUUUCAGUAAUGCAAAAUGAGCCAGCUGGAUUCAGGUGAUUCUAAGUCCGUCCACCGGCCUUCAGUAGUAAAACAUUUCCACAUAACUUGUUGCAUGCUGACUCAACUCCAAAUAUCUGGUUUUACCCACUUGUAAUUUGAUGUCUUUCUGGAUUACCACUUCCCCAAACUUAGAACUCAGUGGUAAUUAAGGGAUUUGACUUACUAAGCCUUGCUUGUUUUGCUUAUGGGUUAAUGUUAGAAAACAUAAAAUGAGAUUACAAAAAGGCAUAACCCUAAAUAUCUGUUAUCAAUAGAUAGAGCAGUAAGAAAUCUGCAUUUAUUUUCCUCAAAACCAAAUACUGGGACAUAGCUGUAUUUAAAGACUAACCAACUGGCAUCAUUUGAUUUGAUGGAUAAUUACAACAGCCACAUUUUCAAAUCUUCACACACAACCUAAGGAAGUGCUCCUAAAAUCACGCAAGGCCAGGCCUGCCUGUAGCACAGCAGGUGCGGUGUAUAGACACAGACACACCACUCUGCACUGUAGUUUUUCAGAAAAUGCAUGGAGAAUAUCCUACUUUGUUUAUAGAGAACAGCUGUAUAUAUAAAUGCUCAUAAAGAACAAAACUCAGAAAAAAUUAACCAGAGUAUUACUUCCUUAUACAUAAAGCACCUAAUGCCCUGGUAUCUCAAAGUCCUUUACAAAAGGAGAUAACUUUGUUAGCUCUAGUUCAGUGUUUUUGUAUUAUUUUCCUUUUUGUCUGCUUCCAUUUUAAGCUUAACUUCACCUGUAAGAGCUCCCAGUAUUUGUUGUUUUUUUUGUAUGUGUGUGAAACUAUCUGUUUGUGUCUGUCUAUAUUGUGCAUGUAUAUCUACCUCCAGAAAUUUAAUAAAAGAAUUUAUAUAAAAAGCUCUGUUUAAUUGGUUUAAAGAAAUUGUUUAUAUAAACUUCCCAAAUGCUUUUCAGGUUCACAUAGUCUGAGGAAUU